AUGAGCUCCAUGCAGUCAAACUCCUCUGCAAAUGUGACCUUUGUUCGUCCUGCAACGUUUUUCCUCAAUGGCUUUUCUAAUAUUCCACAUGCAAAAUACUUCUAUGUGUUCUUGUCUUUAGUGUAUGUUGUGACUGUUUUAGGGAAUUCAUUUAUCAUGUGUAUCAUAUAUUUGGCCCGCAGACUUCACACAGCCAAAUACAUUGCCGUUUUCCAUCUUGCCUUUUCUGAUCUGUGUGGAAGCUCAGCUUUGAUUCCAAAAAUCAUUGACACAUUUUUGUUUGGGCACCAUGAUGUUUCAUAUGAAGUGUGCUUUGUGAGUAUGUUUUUUGUAUAUCAUUUCAUGAAUCUGCAGUCUUUGACACUACUUGUUUUGUCUUAUGACAGACUAAUUGCUAUUUGUUUUCCCCUACAUUAUCAUGCCAUUGUAACCAAACCAUCAAUGUUUUUAAUCAUAGGGGUGAUGUGGAUUUUGUCUAUGGCAUAUUUUUCUGUACAUGUAGGUCUGCUCAAUAGACUUUCUAUUUGUAGUUCUAAUGUGGUUAAUAGUUAUUUUUGUGAUUAUGGCCCUGUUUGUAGACUAGCUUGUAAUGAUAAUUCCCUAAAUUUGCUGAUGGGAAAAAUUUGCUUUGGUUUCCUGAUUUGCUUGCCUCCAAUACUGAUCAUCAUUUCAUAUUUCUGCAUUGCUCUGGCUUUGCUUAAGAUUGCUCAUGGUGUUGAUCGGAUAAAAGCUAUAAAAACCUGCACCUCACAUCUCAUAUUGGUGGCAGUUUUUUAUCUCCCAAUUUUAAGUAAUAACAUUGCCGCUGCCACAACACCUAUCCAUCCAAAUGCCCGGAUAAUUAACAAUUCUCUGACCCAGAUAAUUCCACCUAUGCUGAAUCCCAUCAUAUACACUCUAAAGACAGAGGAGGUCAUGCAGUCCAUAAAAGAACUGUACAAACGCAGUAAGGUGAAUACAAUUAGUGAAAAAAUUAUGAAAUUCAGUGUGAGAAAUUGA